AUGGCUCUCUCAUGCCGUCUGUCUUGCCGGUUUCGGUGUUGGCUCCCCACCCACCCCACUCGCCCAGGCUUGCACAUCACGUUGGAACUCCCUUGGUCCGCAGACAAGGCCAUCCAGCAGCUGGGCAGAACCCACAGGGCCAACCAGUUCCAACCUCCGAUAUACCAGCUGAUCGUGAGCGAGGUUUGUGGAGAGACACGCUUCUCGGCGGCGGUGGCCAAGCGGCUAGAGUCUUUGGGCGCUCUCACCCAGGGGGGCCGGAGGGCUUCCCACGCGGGGGCGGGGGAGCUGGGCUUCACGGCUUUCAACGUGGACAAUCAGUAUGGCAAGAUGAGCUUGGACCACAUCUACCGCCUGUGCAUCUCGAGCGGAGAGAAGCCGGUGGUGCAGCCUCCGGACCUUGCAGACGAAGAGUGUGCGCACAUCCGAGAUGAGGUAGAUGAAGUGCUUGGGUGA